AUGCAACGUGAAUCACGUUGGUGUAUGUGUGCAUUAGAAGAAGUAUUGAGACAUUAUACUCUAGGAUUUCAAUCUAAUUCACCUCCACGUUUCAUUGUACGUAAUCCACGUGAUAUCGGAUUUUAUGUUCGAGAUUUUGUUACUCAACAAUGGAAAGUGGUGAACAAUGCAACAUGGUACGAUUGGGAAGCAGUUCUUAAUGAUCCUCAAGGCAUAUAUAAUUCGAUUAGUCGAAACGGAAAAUCAGCUACAAAAACUGGACUUGAUCCGACACGAUCGGCUUAUCUAGGUGAUGUUUGGGGUGCAUAUAAUAAAAUUAGAUAUAAUAUUGAAAAUUAUUAUAGAACAAUUAUAGAAAAACGAUCGAUGGAAUGUAAAAAGAAAAUCAAUUGGAUAUAA